CAUGGAGACUCCCGGGAAGAAGCCCAAGAAGUCCAUGUACUACAAGAUGAUGCGCAAGGCGGGGUUGAAGAAGAAAAUGGAGACGGAUCCGACGCAGUGGGCGCAGGAGACCCCGGCGCCGCCGUCCAAGAAAGGCGCCAAGUACAUGGCGAUGGGCGAUGUCGUGAGGACCGAGGGCCACGGCGGCGGCGUCGCGGCCGACGGGCCGGUCGCCGCGAUUAAUCCCAGGCGCCGGAGGGACAGCGAGAAUCGCAAGUCGGCCGAGGCGCAGACCGCCUUUGCGCUGAGGGGGAUCAUCGCGGUGUCCCUCGUCGCGUUCGUCGCCGCGGCGACGAAGGACCCGGUGGGCGUCGCGUCGGUGGUACACGCGGCGCUGGACAAGAGCAGGACCGCCAUGGCGGUCUGCGCGCUCGCGGCGGUGUCCACGAGGCCGCGCCUGGGCUUCAUCAUCGUCGUCGCCGUCGCCGCGUGGACAAUCGCCGCGCACGCGCUCCAUCUGCCGGGCCUUCACGACAUGUCCGUGCUCACGAACCUCGUCCCACCCGCCGUGUGGGAUAGUUCACUGGUGGGUUUCGUGAAGCUCGCGCUCCUCGGCGAUCACAAGUGAGGUUGUAACGAGUGAGGUUGGAUCGAGAAGAAGAACCCGGGGGUUCGGACUACGACUACUACGACUAAUACGCCGACGCGACGCCGACGCCGUGGUACAUAGAAACGCACACAGAAGCGUCAAUGCUAAUUAUCAUUGUCCUCGUCCUCGUU